GAUUAAUGUGAAAGGCGAAACGUUGUCGUAUUUCUACUUGUAAAUAAAGUAAACUAAACUUUUUGACGAAAAUACAUUCAAAAAAAGAAAAGAGGAGUAUCAACUAAGUGUAAAGAAAGACGUGAACUAUUGUGUGUAACAUAUAAAUCGAGUGGCUGUUCAUUUCACAAUAGACAAAACUGGUCGCAGCAAGAAGUCGAGGCCAUAUUUAUGAUGUUAUCUGUUGUGUGAGCGUCUUCGGAAACUACAUUCAUAAAUGUUACUUCAAACCAAUGCGAUGGGGUGUUUUGUUUAUGUCGAAGUUGCAUGAGCAACGCAGUAUGACUACAAGUGCUCCAGUUUAGUGGUAGUAACAAUACUUUUGAUGUGCGUUACAAAUUAUGGAUGAAAGUGUGGACUUCUAUUGACACAUACAUACAUUGACACUAAACAAAACAUCACGGAGGUGGUAAUGGAUCCAGUAGGACCAUGGUCAGCAUAUGCUUCCUACAAUCGAUUAGCAGGGGUCCAGGCUGGUGCUGCAAGUGGGGACUUUCAUCACCACCUAGCAGGAAGUGGUUCAGGCCUAGGCACACAGUCCGUGCCUUCCACUACAAGCCAAUUAUUACUUCAAGCAGCUCACACAACAGCAUCAUUAGCAGGACAACUUGGUUCAUCAACUGCGUCACCAUUUAACCCUGGAGGAUUCCUUUCUCCACCGGCUGUUGGUUAUGACGCAGUGUUUUCACCACUGUUUCAUCACGCAAACCCUAAGCCUGCUCACUAUAGUUCAUCACUUCAAGCUCAGCAUCGUCAAGUAAUUGCCCAAGCACAAGCUGCUGCUGCAUCAAAGCAAUCUUCUGUAGAAAGUGAACUUUCCUCAUUAAGAGAAAAUUACUCUCAUCAAACUCUUGCAGCCCAAGGUACAUCAUUUUUUGACCAGCCUGCAACACCAGGAAGCACAAGUGGGUUAAGUUGGCAAGGAAAUAACCAACUACCAAGUCCUUUUGGAAUAUUGCCCCAUGAAAGCGUAGUACCGUCAUCAUCAAGCCCGGCAACUACAAAAGCAUCGGCAGCAACCUAUGAAAAUUUUAAUGCCCAUUUUGCUGCAGCACAAACUAUUAACAAUCACCUCAAUUCCCAAAUUUCCAGCUCUGGUAAACAAACUAAUAGAUCUGGUUCUCCAGCAACAGCAUCUAAGCAGCCAACUUCAUCCACAUCGUCAUCAACAUUUUUUCAAUCUCCAUCAUCUUUUGGAAACCAGACUGACAAUUCAUAUAAUACAAGCACUGCAAAAAGUGGGCAACUUUCAUCACAGCAGGAUUAUGCUGGAAGUAAGUCAUAUUCAAGUUCUGCAAGUACAACUGCACAUUCCCAGCAGUCAUGCAUAGUGUCAACUCCACCAGUUACCUCCUCCUCAACUCCUCCCAGUAAGGACUAUCGUUCUUCCACAACUUCCUCAUCCAGACCCUCGGCCUCCAUUUACAAUUCUCAAUCCCCAAAAAACACCAGUACUGAAAAGUCUUCAAGGCAAUCUACUACCAGCACUAAUUUUGUAUCACCCACUUCAAAACCCCCGCAAGUUCAAACUAAAGCUCAAAGUAAAAUUUAUCCAGAAUUGAGCAGUGAACAAAGAAAAACCUGUGAAACAAGUGAUAAAAUACAGCCCCAAUCUUCUCCCAUAAGCUAUUCUAUUAUGGAUGCUCCAGGAAGACUAAGUUAUAGUAACAGUAGUGGGAGUUCGUCAAAGCCAAGUAGGCUUGGAACCAAUCAAUAUUCAACUUCACAAGGCUCUAGUUUUAGACAUUACCAAAGUGGUAACAAUGUGGAACCUGAUUAUCAUGUACGAGCAAAGAGUAGUUCCAGUACAGACACUGGUUAUUCCAGUAGCAGUUCCCAAAAUGGUCCUGAUUGUGGUGUAGUAGCUAAUAGAAGACAUAGUCCUUCUCAAGCACCACCACAAACAUCACCUUUGGGCCAUGGCUCUAGUCCUGCUUAUCCCAUGUAUCAUAGUCCAAUGAACUCUAUGAACUCCCCACAACCACAUAGCGAACACUAUAAAACUAGCAAUGCUGCACCACGUUCACCAUUGGACGUCUCUGUAGCGAGGCCUCCUUCACAAAAUAGUCAAGUAGCUUAUCCUUCUGUUAUAACUAGAGCCCUAGGUAUUGAACAAAGUAAAAGCUAUUCAGAGAACAGAUAUGAACGUAGUCAGUCAUCCAGCCAAAAUUGCUGGGAAGGUGACAGACAACCUUCAAGAAAAUAUUCUAGUACUAGCAAUAACUCUUCAAAUUACAAUAGUUCUGUUGUAGCUGAGAGUAAUACUCAUAAUGAUGAAAGUGCGGCUCUGUCUCAAACAUCUACUCAUAGAACACUAAACCUGACUGAGAAGCACCAGAACUUUUUUGAUAGCAGUAAUGUGGCUUUGCAAGAUUUGUCAAGCUGUCGGGGAGAUCCCAUGAGUAUAGUUAAAAAUUUACAAAGUUUACAACAAAGUUGUCAAUUACAAGAGAUUAAGUCCUGUAAAAGUCAAACCACAUCAUCCAAUACACCAACAUUAAGUAAAACUAUUACUAGAAGAAAAAGUACUGAAAAACCAUUGCCACAUGCAAAUAUGAAUGAGCUAUCAACUGUAGUAAUGGCAGAUUAUUUGGCCAAUAGAAUCCCUCCUCCUGCUCAUAGUUCCACAAGUAGCCAACAGCAAAAUGGGACCUACUUUGAUUUUGAGAGAUGGAACCUUCCACCUCCUCCACCUAAAAUGUUUCCUGGCACUUCCGCAUUUGGUUCUCAAGCCCCUUUACACACUACAAAUUUUGCAAACCAACACCAAGCACUAGCUAUGCAACAUGGACAUGCACUAACCUAUUUCCCACCCUUUCACCUAGGUCCUCAUCCUGAUUUCCAGUCAUCAGUGGAGUUAACACCAUUAUCGUCAUUCAGUGAAACUCCACCUUCGGCUUCCUCAUCAUCGUUUUCAACGCCUGAAACUCGUGAAGAGGAACAGCCUAAGGUGGUAGUGCCUAAUAUAGAGGAAGAACUUGGUUUCCUUGCAGAACAACGAGCAAAUACUGCAUCGUCGGUAGCACCCACUUCACAGCAGCAGAACAUAAACAGUACUUCACAAGACGUUACUUCAAAAAUAAUGGAUAAAAAGUUCAAUGUUCCUGUCACGGGCCCCGGCUCAGGCUUCAUGGCUUCUUAUCUCAAAUUUUUACAAGGAGAGCGCGAUACAUCUCCUCCUCCGGCCGGUAGAGGUGCCAGAAAAUCUACUUGGUCUAGAACAAAUACCAACAGCAAUACAAAUAAGCCUUAUUCAAAUGAUCAAUCCAAAAGCCAGUGUGAUGCAAAUGCAACACAAAGUGCCAAUGGAGCGAUGGCGACCAAUGUAGUAAAUGCUGGCAUGUCAUUGAGCAGUGCUGGCAUGGGAUCUUCAGCAGGUAUGAGUACUCCUGGCUUGUUAGGAGCUAAUCAAAUUCAUGGCGCCGCGUCUCAUCUUCUCGGCUCACAACCAAAGGGAGUUGAAUUGGACGACCGUUAUUACAAUGUAAAUAAAGAUAGAAAACGUAAAUUUGAUGGUAGCAAAGAUUACGAUGCUGAGGAAGAGGCGAGAAGGAUGAACAAGCCAGUACUCAAUGUGCCUAGUACACCGUUGAAUGACAAAGAUAAGAAGGGUAGAACAACUAUGAACAAGCCGACCCCUUCGGCAGUAGUGGCGCCUCAGCCGGCCGCGCCGAAGAAGCCACGGCCGCCUGCGCCGCAGCCCGUGGCGUCGCUGCAGGCAGCGCCCCAACAACAAUAUUAUUACCAACACCAGCCUGAUGAAGCCGGUGCCCACGGUGCUAAUCUUGGUUAUGGCCUCUACGGCACUGCGGAGGAUGACGCCAACUCGAAUAGAAAGUUGCAUAACAUUAAGUCCCAUCAACAAAUCUCUAACGCGGGUCAAGUCGAUAAUACUAGACCAAUUGAGGAAAUGCCCUAUCAGUCAGGUGAAUUUGUUGCGAUAAAAAGUGAAUUGACUGAAAUGUGGCCGGCUAUUUGGAGGGUAGACGGUAAGACACUGUUACAAAAGUAUGAGCCUUUUGACGAAAACGGCAAAGUUUUAUACAGGAAUAUAUCGACGUACGCAGCGUGGAACCCCGAGAAUAAAAAAUUAUACACACAAGUACCAGUUAAAGUUCGGUCUCAGACUCAUUUAGAGACUAUUGUAGAGUUAGUUAGAAGUGAUCUUCCAUUCGACGACUGUAGUUUUAUCGAAAAAAGAAUGCUAGAAACUCAAAUGUAUCAGGAGAACUUCGAGGUCUACAUACAAACGCUUAUAUCGCACGCGUUAGAUCCCAACUUCCUUACAGAAAUAUUUCAGGAACAAGAGGGAAAUAAAAUUUCAGACGAGUACUUCCUUUCAAACGUGAAGACGGUAGACGAGGUGACGGAGUCGAUGCGAGCACGAGUAUCGUCGGGCGGCGGCGCGGGUAGCGGCGCGCGCGCCCUCGACGCCGCGGUGGGCACGUGGCCCGGGCUCAGCGUGGCGGCCGGCGCCGGCGCCUGUCGCGCCUGCGCGCGCCCCGCCGUCGCGCGGCUGCUGCUCUACGGCCAGCCCUACAACCCGGCCACCCUCGAGCCCGUCCAACCCGAUGCCAGAUUAGCUUACGAAAAAGAAUUCCUUGUGUGUGCGACAUGUUGUGGUCGGGUGCAGUUGUACUCCAGAAUAUCGCAUCAGAAAUACUUAAUGUACGCCGAAUGCAGCAAACGUGUUGCAGAAAAAAGGAUGCAAGACCCCAGGAAAGAUACCACAGUUAUUUUAAAUGAACUUUUAGCUGACGAAGUUUGGCUAUCGCAGCUUUUCCGAGACGUAAGACAUUCGUGGGCCGAAGCAGAGUCUUGGGAACGCAAAUUGCGGCAGGCCAUGUCCCGGCAAAUGAUAUAACGGUAGCGAUCGUUAAGUGACGGCAUUCGUAGUGCUUCAAACACAUAAAGGACAUUACUUAUUUAAUUUUUGUAUCUACCUGUGACAUAUGCUCUAUAAUAAUUGAUUUGUCGUGCGGAAAAAGAAUGUACGGGCAUUUACAAGUAAGUACGUUAUUACUGUAAAUCGAAGCGGAUCUUUAUUUUCUAAUGUACAUCACGUAUGUUACGUAUUCAAUAAUUAUAAAACUUAUCGAAUUUUAUUGGCUGUUACUUAGUAUCAGUUAUUUAAUUUAAUUCCGGUGCCAUUUUAUGCUUUCGACGUAAUUGAGGUAUAUUAAACUCUUUGUAUAAUUUUGUGAUUUCAUACUGUUGUAAACAUACGGCCUAAUUAGAUGUAUAAUUAUCAUUUAUAGUAACAUAAUAUGUAUCUUAAAUUUUCUUAAUUAUGGCUCCGGAUCAUGUUUUCGUUAUCAAUAUCAAGUGUGCAAUCGAUUUUCGGGAACAAAAUAUUAAACCAAUAGUGUUUUGCCUUUAACGCAUUCUUAUAUACAUUCUAGUAGUUCAGUUAAAAUUCAAAGCAAUAAGUGCAAGUGCUAGACACCUUUUUGUAUUACAGUUUGUCAAAUUUAAAAGUGCAUCAUUAAAUUACAAGUGGUUUCUGGAUCGUAAUGAUUAGUCAUGCUUAUGUUAUGGAAGAUAUUGUCAAAACCGGGAACAGUUUCCACGUAAUUUGGUGGUCUUAUACAUUCCUAAAGUCAUUGAGUGAAAUAUAUCCUUUAAUGUGUGAUUCGAAUUUCAUCUUGGUUUCUGUCUGCCCUAAAUUUAAUGAACAAAAUGGUGUCGAUAUUAUAUUUCUACUUUAAACAUAAGUAAGUACAUUUUAUGAAAAAGAUAUUUUGUAUAAUUGAUUUAGGUUGUAUAGGUUUACUAUAAUUACACAGAAAUAAUUGAUUCGUAGUUAGAUAAGUAGUAUGUACUGUUACAAAUAAAAGUUCUGUCC